AGUGGUCUAUUCCAAACCUCCACAUCAAGGCCUAAUACCAAUUAAUCCUUAACUCCACAUGGUUUAAAUCUCUCAAAAUGUUUGAAGUGAAAGAAGAACGUCCGACGUUAACACUUGCAACUUUCUCUCAUGGAAAACUUAAGAAAAAAAAGCACAAGAAGAUCAAAUUUCUUUCUUACCAACAAAAUCAGAGUUACAAUGGGAAGAGGAAACGGAUUCUGGUUGGGAAGACGGACUCAAUAUGCUAUGUUGGGGACAACUUCAGUGGUGAAAAAUCUAACUCUUCGGAAAUGUACAAACAUUAUGUUGGUGUUUUAAACAAAAAUACAGGGAAAAUGCAAAUAUGUGAUGUGGAAAUAUUUAAUUUGCAUCCCAAAGUCCCAGAAAUACAAAUAAAAGAUGAAGAUAUUUCAGAGACUUUAAGUUUGUCUUACGUUGAACAGCAACUUAGGUUGACUAAUGCAUUUGGCACCGUGAUAUCACGACGACAAAUUGAUAGCUAUAGGAAAACCGUAGUUGAUGGAACCAUACUGGAUGAAGCUAUGGAUAGUAUAUUAGACCAGACUCUAAAUAAGGAAGACCUCCCUGUCGAGGGUGCACAACCUGAAACUCCAGAAUCUAGUUUGUUACCACCCUGCAAUGUUGAUGCGACAUCACCUGAAGAUGUCUAUAAUCUCUCUGAUAUUAUUAGUCCUGCAGAAAUGGGUUGUCUAUCUGAAUAUUCCCAAGACAUUUUGAACUUUAAACCUGAAAAUUUGGAGUCUUUAAAAAGGGACAAUGUAUAUUGUUCUUGUGUAUUGGAGCGUCUGGCAUCAUUGCCUCCACUGGGAAGUGCUGAGAGAGAGACCAAAGCCUGCUGCUUGCAGUACCUUGAAUAUAUGGUGGAAUUUAUGCAAAUGUCAUCACGUACCAUUAAAUCAAAACUUUUCCUGAACUCUUUCCCUCCAAUUGUCUGUAAACAAUUCAUCUCCAAAUUCUUACUUUUUGUGAGAAAUUCAAAUGGAGUUUUAGAAAGGCAGACAACUAUUUCUUUGAGAGAUAAGCUGCUUCUUCAUAUUUUAAUCCUGUUGCUGAUCAUUGAUAAAUUUUCCUUAUCAUUUGACAACGUCCAGAAAGAACUGAACAUUAAAACUAUGAAAUUACAAAUGCUGUUUAAUUACAUCGGCUGUCACAUUCAAAAGAAGAAAGAUAACAAAAACGUAUACAAGGUUGUGGUCCUAAAAACACCCAUAAAAGUAAUGAAACCACAUAAAUACAGUAAAGCUUUCCUUUAAUAUUUUUAUGUUAUCACUGAAGAAUAAAAUUUGAACGUGCUCCAA